AAAACAUUUAAAAAUGAUGCAUAAUUUUAAAUAUGAGUAAAUUUAAGCCACAAGAUGUCAGGAUUGAAACGAGUUCAAUCGCAAUGCGUCCUGUUCACAAUGAUACCACCGUGAGCCUGUUAUUUGAUGGGGAAGUGCUUCCAAAACACUCUACUGCAGAGUCCGAUCAAUUAGAUGGCGCAGAAUUCGGGGAAAAUGCAACAGAACAUAAUAAAGAUGACCUAAAUAUUUGCUGUAACAACUGUGAUGAAGCUGAAAGCGGUUGUGAAGACGCAGGACAUGAAAAUAACAAAGUGACAACUUUGAACAAUAAAUUAAAAGAAGUGCACCUUGAUUUUAAGAAACCCAAUUUCACUAUGACAGCUGGAACGGUGCUAAACUUUAAUCAGAGCAGAAAUUCUGAAGAAGAUAUAAAAACUCCGUACAAUAAAAAUAAAGGAACUUGCCAAUUGAGUGAGCAGGCGAUUCAGAUAAACAAAUUAGAUGUCCAGAGUCUGACCAGUAAAUACUUUAAAGCUAGUGACCCAAAAUCUACAGAGUACCUGCAGGAGAGUGAAAACGUUAAGAUACUUAAAGCAAAACCUACGUGGGAUUAUUCCAAGCAACUUCAGCUGACAUUAAAAAAAUCCCAGUCUCUUGACUUAUACAACGGCGAAAACCUUUUUUUAAACUCCUGUCCUUAUGUGGAGGCACAUCUGCUACCAGAAAUAAGUACACCUCGUACCACGAAUAUUAAUAACCAAUCUACUGCCUUUAAGCCUUCAUCCAGUGAACACAAAUUCAAAAGUGUUAAUAAACCAGCUAGCCUAACAGAAGAUGAAAUCUACCAUAUGGCGGCUGAGAAUAUAUGUGUGCCGCCACCACAAAGACCAAAUGAAACUCCUAAAUAUAAACCUGUUGAGUCUCGGCCAAUUUACCCAAAUGUUCCAUACAGUCCAUAUGGAAGCCCCUAUGGCAGUCCUGGGUCUUGCCGUCGCAGGCCAGCCCUCCGCGAGUCACGAAGAGUCUCCAUAGAAAAAACUGGUAGUUUUUUGCAAUUAAACCAAUACAAGCUCAUGGAUCAAAUUGGACAGGGUUCUUAUGGAUUGGUAAAGUUGGCAUAUUCUGAGGAAGACUCUACGCAUUAUGCAAUGAAGAUACUCUCAAAGAGGCGCUUACUGCGACAAGCUGGGUUGAUGAGGCGCGGUCCAAAGAAAGCGACUUCUCCGUUGGAUCGAGUUUAUAGGGAAAUCGCAGUUCUGAAGAAACUUGAUCAUCCCAACAUUGUUAAAUUAGUGGAGGUCCUUGAUGAUCCGUUAGAAGACUCCCUUUACAUGGUAUUCGAGUUAGUUAAACAGGGAGAAGUUCUUAGUAUUCCAACAGAUAAACCAUUGUCAGAGGAAAGAUCGUGGUGUGUUUUUCGAGACGCGCUACUCGGACUAGAGUAUUUGCACUAUCAGAAAAUCAUCCAUGCAGACAUAAAGCCAGGAAAUUUGCUCUUGACAGAGUGCGGCCAUGUCAAAAUCGCUGAUCUGGGUGUGUGCAAUGAGUUUCUUGGAGAAAAUGCUGUAAUGACUAAUGGCUCAACUGCUGGAACUCCAGCGUUUAGAGCCCCGGAAACAUUGGUAUUAGGCCAGAUGGUGUAUUGUGGACGUGGAGCCGAUAUAUGGGCGUUGGGAGCCACAUUGUAUGCCCUUGUUUUUGGAAACGUGCCUUUUCAAGCAACUUCCAUACCUGCGCUGUAUGAAAAAGUGAAAAAUGAUGAUGUUGUCUUUCCAUCAGAACCAAAAAUAAGCCUCGAGCUGCGUCAAUGUCUUAUUCGUAUGCUUGAUAAAGAUCCUGUUAAGCGAAUAACUUUACCGGAACUAAAGAUGAACGAUUGGGUAACAGCUUGUGGAACCUGUCCAUUACCAACUGAAGAUGAAAACUGCCGCUUAGUGCAAGUCGAUGACGAGGACAUAAACUCUGUCGUGCGUAGCAUUCCAAAACUUGACACACUUAUAUUAAUAAAAACAAUGCUAAAAAAUCAUUCGUUCGGGAAUCCUUUUAUGAGAGCUAUCUCCGGCAGAGCUCCUCAAAGAGGCGGAUCCCGUUUGGAACGAUUUAUUCGGGCUGGUAGAUCAAAUUCGGCACCUGGUCAGGCAUCAAUUCCUGGACAUGGAGGUACCACCGGACUUGCAGAACGUUGUUCAAAGCAAAAAUAAAGGAUAGUCGAUGUUUAAAAAUAAACUCAAAUAACAUUAAAAUUAUAUUCCUUAA